AUCGGAAUCACUCAAAGAAAUUCUACUCACUCAAUCUGCCUUGAUCAAUUGCCCGACUGUGUGUUGAUCCAAUGUCUCCCUCGUUUUCUCCUCCCUCGCUAAUACUCGAUUCCACAGAAAAGACCCAAGAGGAAAAUGCCUCCCGCAAGCACCAAAGCCAAUUAUAAAACCUACGAGGCACAGGCCCGUAUGGUACGAGCCAUUGUCGCCGCUCAUCCAGAUGUCAAGUGGAAUUACAAGGAAAUCGUCGCUUGCUAUGGAUCCGACAUGACUGAACACGCUCUGAACCAUCGAUUCCGCCGUCUCAAAGCGCAAGUGGUUAUCGUACGCGAAGGCCGCAGCAAGGGCCUUGACCCAAAGAAUAUUUGUGCAGACGGGGAUCUCCCGACUACCAUAGACGCCGUGGAUACGAAGAAUAUUGCCAAGUACUUUGGCCAGUCCACCACGGACGGCAUUCAGUUUCAGUUUCGUGGCAUCAAGAAAGACGCCGAUAUCCUCCGUAAAGUCGAGAGUGAAGGGGGAGAUGUCGCCAACUGCCUCAACCUGGGCUCAGGUGGCCCCAGCGUCACUUCUACUCCAUCCAAGCCAACUCCUGCCCGCAGCGUGGGAAGCCGCACUGGCAGUGGCACGGGUCGCAAACGAGCUCGCAAGAUCGAUAUCAUCAACAUGAUCAAGCGCUCUUCAUCUGACGAAGAGGAAGAAGAGGUUGAGAACUGGAGCGAACAUGAAAACACGCCUACCAAGAAGCCGAAGAAGACUGGAGCCCUCCCGGGCCAGAGGAACGGGACUCCAUCUCGCAGAGCUGCUGACAUGGCCAACGUUACUAUCGCUGAAGUCACCACGCUGCUUGAUGCGAGCGACUCCCAGCCAGAAGCUGAGGCUCCAGCGAACCAUAUGGCCUCUUCUUUUGCGCCUGACCCCAUGACCAUCACUCAGCCCGCUUAUUCCAGGAUGGCCGUUGGUCUUGAUCCCGGACCAGCCUUGGGAGGCGUGUCGCGUUCAGGUUAUUCAGGCUCCCAGUAUCCUCAGCGACAAAUGGAAUACGGCGAGAUCUAAACUGGGAUUCUUUCUCAUUUUUCUAUCUCAUCAUUCGAUUACAAGGGAGGAUGAUCUUGACUUCCAACUUUUACUUUUCUUCUUUUUUAUACUUCCCUUCCUUCACCCGCACGGAUGGCUGGCUGUUAAGCACCGAGGAGGGCGGUAUAUGAAGAAUAAGCUAUGCGACUCUCAUUGCACAUGCGUGGCGUUGAUGGGGAAAAAAAAAAAUUUGCUUCUGGCUCUUUCUCUCGAGGGAUUUUGCCAGUUUUCUUUUCCUUUCCUUUUGUUUUUCUUUUCUUCUAAAGCUUUGUAUUUUCUGUGCUCCCUUCUUUUUCUUUCAUCUGGGCGGCACAUAUGUUCUCUUUUCCAACAAAUAUGCUUUCCUUCCCACUUCGUUUUCAUGUGUUUCGU